UCCUCAUCUCCACUCACUCGCCACUCUCACUCUUCUCUCAUGGCUUCUUCUCUCCUCUCCGUUGCCAUCCUCAGCUCUCUGAUCUCGAUCUUGGCUCCGGCCACCGCCCACAUUCCAGGCGUCUUCACUGGUGGAUCAUGGCAGAGCGCUCACGCAACCUUUUACGGCGGCAGCGACGCCUCCGGCACCAUGGGAGGGGCUUGUGGGUAUGGGAAUCUCUACAGCCAGGGCUACGGCGUGGAGACAGCGGCGCUGAGCACGGCGUUGUUCAACGAUGGGAUGAGCUGUGGAUCUUGUUUUGAGCUCAAGUGUGCCGAUGAUCCUCAAUGGUGUCAUGGUGGUAGCCCAUCCAUCUUCAUCACUGCCACCAAUUUUUGCCCCCCUAAUUAUGCCCUCCCCUCUGAUAAUGGCGGGUGGUGCAAUCCUCCACGACCUCACUUCGAUCUCGCCAUGCCAAUGUUCCUCAAGAUCGCCGAGUAUCGCGCCGGCAUCGUCCCCGUCUCUUAUCGCCGCGUGCCAUGCAGGAAAGAGGGUGGAAUUAGGUUCACCAUAAAUGGGUUCAAGUACUUCAAUCUGGUGCUGAUUUCAAACGUGGCCGGAGCUGGAAACAUCGUACGUGUCAGUGUGAAGGGUUCACGAACAGGAUGGAUGCCCAUGUCUCGGAACUGGGGCCAGAACUGGCAGUCAAACUCAGUGUUAGUCGGUCAGUCUCUCUCGUUCCGCGUCACCGGCAGUGACCGCCGUACUUCCACUUCUUGGAACAUUGUUCCGGCGAACUGGCAGUUCGGGCAAACUUUUUCCGGCAAGAAUUUCAGGGUUUGAAGACAAAGUCAAAAGAGUCCUGAUUUAUUUUUAGUAACUUGUCACUUCUUUGAUGUUUGGGCUUGUUAUUAAAGCUAGUGUGAGUGGAGUGCAGUGUUUGGUUGUGGGGUUGAGACUUGAGAGCUUUUUUUUUUAUGAGCUGUUUUUGGGAUUUAGUAGGACAAAACAACUACUGUAGUGAUGAAAAAAGCAGCGGCUGAAGUGGUUGCAAAGUCUUAAGGAAAAAGAGUGUGACCCGCAGCUGCUAUGGUGUUAUAUAUAUAUAACUACAUACAUUCAUCUAUAUAUAUAUAUAUAUAUUGAAGCUUAUUUUAUGGUAUUAAUUAGUCAUUGUAGAGCUUGAGGAUAUACUUGUGUCCAAGCAUAUCUAGUUGCACAUGUUUAGCAUGGUAGUGUCUUGGCUUGUUGGGAAGCUAACGAGGUUCAAUUGUUCAAUUGUAAUGGAAUUAUCAUGAAGCAUGUUAGUGAGUAAGAAUGUUGUGGUACUUGAGUGCUUGAAACUUCCGGGAAAGAUGGAGAUGAUUAUAUAUGGGUACUGAUGAUGCUGAGAAAUGGCAUGGCAUGGCAUGGCUUCAAUCCGUGCGUGAGAGCCGCAUGAGAGACAUAUGGUGGUCUAUAUAUGCUUUGAUAAAAGGGUGUUGAUGAGUUGCUCCCAUGUGCCUAGGCGCUUGGGUAGAGGGACAAAAUGGAUUUAAUUUAAUUAUCGU